UUGUUUUGGAUUUUACCGUGUUCAUGAGCCGUCGUUGUGUGGUCUGCGGCAAUGAAACCGUAGAGAAUCCAUGCCCCCAAGUCUACCACUAUCCAAAGACUACAAAGGAGGCACAGAUAUGGCAGCGCAGCAUGGGCGCCUUUGAAACCAAUGUUGAAUGCAUCAAAAAAUAUUGCUGCGUAUGUAUAGAUCAUAUACCACAAUUUGUGGAGAUGGCCAAAGAGCAAGCCGCUCUCAUCGAAGCCAAAUGCAAAAGGGCAAAGGAGAUCUCCCGAUCGGUCAGCGUGCUUUUGCUGCCAGGCGCCGUUAUGCGACCAGAUGGUGUUGAGAAGCGAGCACAGCAGGAGGAUGAUUGCCUGGAUGGAGAAAUCAUUAUACUUAAGUCAAGUCUAGCAGAUGCUGCUAGUUCAGCUGCUGCUAUAGAUCUGCCGGAGGUAACGUUGCUGCGCACACCAGUGGACAAUAAUGAGGACUCAAAAAAUAAGAAUGACAAAAAUAACGUAAAAAAGAAUGAAAUGCAAUGCGGCGACAUUGGAGACAAUUGUACGGAUGUUUUGCUGCUGGGUUGUAGUAAACAACCGCCACCAGAAUGUCCCUGCAAGUGCAAACAAUGCCCCAAAUCAAACAAUCCACCUCAGGAGUCUAAUUAUUGUCAGCCCCAGUCAACGGAUAACUCGGAAGUAACUUGCGGUUGCUCACAUGAGCGUCAAAUUCGUCAGGAACUGGGCGAAAUUAUAAGGCAGCAGCAGUGUCGCAUCUGCGAAUUGGAGUGCAUGUUGGCGCGUCAACAAGAUUUUCAUUUAACGCUGCAGAAGAAAAUCAGUAAUCUGUAUAGUUUACAUGGAAUGAAGGAAGAGUCAUAAUUCAGUUUUCUCAAGGCUCUUACACAGCCGCAGACAAACACUGUAGUGCCAUUUAACAGUUAACAUUUUAGUUGAACUCAGAGAUGAA